AUUGUUUUUUGUUUUAAUUUAUUCACAAGAAAUUGUGUUAUAUUUUAAUUUAUUGCUUCAAGAUAAAAGCCAUCUUUUUAUUAUAUUUCAUUAAUUCAAAAUGUCGUCAGAAACAGCUCAAGUGAGCUCUUUGCCACUACCCCCUAUGCAAUACAUCAAUUUUUACACUGAUGACAAUGUGAGACGAAAUAGGGCUCCUCUACCACCGAGGCCUAUUCAUGACUCGUACUCUAUGUUUGGCCACCCCUUCAAUGCUGAUGAUACAAUUAUAAGAUCCUUGGAGAGUCAGGGCUUCAGAAGAUUGUAUCCAAUGCAUUUUGAUAGAAGAAGAGAGUUGAAAAAACUGAACCACUCUUUGCUAGUGAAUUUCUUGGACUUAUUAGAUCUGCUGGUUCACUGUCCUGAUUCACCAAAGAGAGCAGAAAAAGUCGAAGACUUGAGUCUGUUGUUCAUACACAUUCAUCACCUGCUCAAUGAGUUCAGGCCUCACCAGGCUCGGGAGACUUUGAGAGUUAUGAUGGAACUACAAAAACGUCAAAGAGUGGAAACUACACUGAGGUUCCAGAAGCAUUUAGACAAGGUCCAGGAUAUUUUGCAGAAUGCUCUUCAAGGCUUGCCAAAUCAGAAUGAAGUUGAGUCUAAUUUCAAAGUACCUGUAGAAAUUCUGGAUCAAAUGACUGUUGGCUCUGGUGAUGGAGCAAAUGCUGAUCCCUGUUAUGAACUUGAUCGCCUUAUGUGUAAUGUUGUGGAUAAUAUGAGAUAGUUUAAGUUGCUUUAGAAUUGAUACAUUAUAAGUAUUAUAACAACUCAUAGGUUAAGUCAUUUUUUAUUGUAAGGGCGGUUUCAGAUUAGCGUUUUAUAGAAGCGCGCGUAGGAGUAUAAUUAUUAAUUAUACACUCGUCUUUUCACACGCGUGCCAUUCGUAAAGGCGCGUCUCGAUAUUGCGCGGCGGCCCCGCGAGCAAUGUUCGACCGCGGCAAACCUGUAUUUUGGCUCGCGAGCCAAUUUCGGCACCAUCUUGAACUUAUGCGCGGCGGCCGCGCGCGGCAGGCGAUCCGACGAUCGACCACAUUAUAUCACAAAAAUUAAUUAUUUGGAACGAAGUAUAGCCAAAUAGAAAAAUGAUCUGUUGCUAUAAUCACUACAUUUACUGUUCCAUAGAAACUGUUUAGUGCCGUAUAAUUCAAUUAAAGUACGACACUUUUCAUUAUCUAUGUAUGCGGCCGCGCGAGCCAACUGAAAUAUAUACACACCCGUCCCAACUGCGCG